AUGGCGUCGGAGAAGCCAGAAGAUCCGAUGAACAACACUGCCGGAACAGACGAAGAGACUGUAGCCCAGCGGAGGAAGCGGCUCCGCCGAGUGAGCUUCGCCGACAGGGAGAUUACUUCCGUCCACAUUUUCAAGCGGGACGAAGACUACGAGACUCCCCCCAACACCUCCGCCUCGAAGCCGCAAAACGGCGAGCAAGGUGAUACAUCAGAGUCCGACGACAAAGUAAUUAGGUUUUUCAAUGACGAUGCGGAAGGAGACGGCGAUGCUGAAGACGAACCAAUCGUUGAUAAAUCAUUCCUGAGGCCCAGAAAUUCGCCAUCUUCAGGAGGUAGCACUGUUCGUUCUGCUACCAGUGAUGACGAGAAUGAUUUCUUCGGCCCUGUGUCUUCAAAUUUCAUCAACCCGGGAAGAUUGUCAGACACUACCAUCUCCGAAGAACACUACGAGCAAACGAUGGAUUCAACAGCGUUUUCGAUGCAAUUCCGGAGUCUUGCAAGGUCAGAGACUGGAGACAUAAGGACUCCAACGAGCAGUAGCUACAUUCCAGUAGAGGAGAGAACACCAACUCAUGUUACAUCAAGAUCCGAUACAGGAAGUGCGAUGGUGUUCACAAACCUCAAGAAGCUAUUCCCGAAAUCACCUCUACCAGUUGAGAAAUCAAGUGGUGGUGGAGACUCAAAUGACAUGAGCAUCGUUGGUGAAAACUCUCGGAAAUAUGACUACGGCCAUAUAUCUCCUUCAUUAGCUUCUCUAUUGGGUGAUGAAAGCGAUGAAUUGCCUCUUGCAUCUUCAAAUAAGCCCUCCUUGUCCCCUCAAAAUGGAUCCAUUCCCAUAACUAGAGGUGAAGAUGGUCAAAUGCUGUCACCUUAUGGUUCUGGCUAUCUCCGUCAAAUAGAGCUGCAGGAAUCAGGAAGCCGGCGUUACGCAGACGAGGCUGCCUUUUCCUCGUUAGCUAUGAGAAGGCCAAAUGCGUCUUUAGUUGGUAUAUUGCCUCAGUUUUCUUCUUGUGUUACUCCUUCUCCUAAACACGGUGGAGGCUUUAUGAGUAAGGAGACUCUGGCACUAGUUGAGAGCUUGUCAACAAUCCAGAAAAGCAAAUCCAGACUUGGACUGAUUCCACCUUCCCCGGCUUCUGCUCUUUCUCAAAGAAUUGAGAAAUCGAGGAUUCAGUUAUCUGGACGCCGUUCUAUGACUACGCCAUUAUCAGCUAUUGGUAGGGAGGAAAUAAGUGUCCGCAGGGAAAUACAUUCAGAUAUUCCCAUUACUAACUUGGAUGAAUUGUUAUCUAAAGAUGAUAACAGAACACCAGUUUCUGAAAAGAAAGGCACACCAGAACAACGCAGUUUUGGUGCUUUGAGCCCUGUUGCUGAUAGUAGGGAUGUGUUUGCUUGCACAAGUCCAGAAGGAAAGACGAAUUCUGAGACAGAGGGUUCACUCUUGAAGCAACAGGAAGAAAAUCAGCCAGCCAGCACUCCUGAUAAGUUUGUGUCAUCUUUAGCAAAUUCGCCAAAUGCAACUCCGUCAGCAUUGAAGAAUUUUGUUACUCUUCAUGAUAAAGAGCAGCACAGUGAAGCUAUUGGCAAUUCUGACACUGCGGAUGGGAAUGUGACCAAGGAUUGUGCUAGUAAUGAUUCUAUGAAUACGUUAUCUGACAAUAUGGAUUCCCUGCUUGCCGAUUCGAGUGUAUUACUUAGCGAGACAGGCUUCUUGAAUGGUUCUGCUCAACGAAGAGAGAAAGACAUAGCCAACGACAUCAGUGCUCCCACAGAAGUUAUCUCAACUGAAGACUUUCCUGCUGUAGUAACAGAAGACCUUCCUGGUACAUCUGGCUCGCCAUCUAUGGGAAGUAAGAAUGAGGCUUCACAUGCUAAGGGGCCAGCCAGGUUAAAAAGGAAAGCCAAAGAUGUUAAUUGUGCCGCCAGCCCCAAAGUCAAAAAAAGCACACAGUAUAUAUCAAAUCCAGUGAUGGACCACCCUGAUGGAAACUGUGAUGUAAACGACUGCCGCGUAGUUCGUGAACAAGUAAUAAACUGGGAAGAAAUACCAGGAAAAGUAUCAGUAGAAAUCAAUCAAGUAGUUGCUCCAUUGGCUGAUAAGCUGAAUUCAAGAUUGAUAUACAAGCUGGAAGAUAUUUCAACGCACCUGAAGAAGGUUCAUUUGUGUGAGAUGCGUUGUCUUCAUAUUAAAUCUCAGAAAGUAUUUGACGACUUGAGUGGUGCUAAAACAAAGAGACGUGCUGAGAUUAGAUCAUCACUCUGCAAGUUAGCAUAUGAGAAAGCCAAACUUGAGUUGCUGCACCUCAAGAAAGAGUCGAUGACGAAAAAGUUUCAAGCAUUGAGCACCGGUAUACAAACAUCUGAAACAUUGCGGUUGAGUUGUGCCAUGCUUCGACGUCAGCAUGAUUUUCAUUCUACUGACUUGUUAAAUCCUGAGCAUGCUCAUGAGGUUCCUACGAGCAAAGUUGCAGAGAAAAUACAGGAGAUCGAAGUAUUGGACUCAAAGAUCAAGAACUUGAUCAAAUGUUUUCCUACGUGCGACAAAAUGACAGGAGAAAUGGGAUAUGCAGAUACUAUUACGAUUGCUAAAGAUAAUUUGAAAACGAGAAUGAGUUGCAGAUUGAUUCGUCAGGAUAUUUUGGUCUGGAAACUUGACAGUUUGGGCGAAAGGAAUGAUGGUCAGAGCAUUGUUCUAAACUAUAGUGGCUUGAUCAACCAAAGGCUGACAUUAAAGCCUGGUCAUGCUUCAUCUGUACUUAUUUCAAACACUUUGAGUGAUAGAUUCGUUAAGCAUUUCCCAGAAAUGAAUGUUUCAGUUGCGUUUAACUCUUUGUUUAACGCCGAAUACUCCCGGAAGUAUGUUGGUUCCAGUACGUUGUUGGAGAUUACACAGAAAACCAGUCUGGUCUUGCAUAAUCUGCUAGAUGUGGCUGAGGAAUUACAGUUAGCUCGAAUGGAGAUACCAAAUCUGAUCCAAGGAAAAUUUGAAACUCCAUCAGAGGAGCAGCUUCAUUUGCAGAUUACUUUCAUCGAUUGCAAGAACUUCAGAAAAGUAAUCAUGACUCUCGAUAUGGCAUGUUUGACUCACGGGACGUAUCCUGGUGACGUAGUUCCAUGCGAGUUACUAGAAGCUUCAGGCAAGAAACCCGACGGUGUUGCGUCGAAACAACUGAUGAAUGAGAUAGAAUCUGCAAUGGAUGGUGUUGGAGUAGUUGGAUAUCCUCGGAUAUUGAGACUCUGUCGCUGCGUUUCCAAAAUGUUGCAGUCACAAAUCAGGAGAUGA